GAGAAGUUAUUUUCAAGUUCAAGAUGUUUAUGAAUAAAAUGUGCUGCCAUGGAACCAGUUGACUUGUGUUUAUUUACCUCAUUCCCUCAUUCUGUCCCUUUCCCCUCUUUGCAAAUACAUUUCUCUGCACCAUUUAAAAAGAAAUGACUCAAAGUUACCGUUACCAUUUGAGCUGUGACAAAAAGCUCUAUGCCAAAGUUUGCAGAUAGCUAUUUCCACUCCACCUGUAACAGCUACAAGACACCACAUGUUUUCCACCCAUCAUUUUCCACACCUGGUUUGUCUGGAACCAGUCAAACUAGCAUCCUGUGCAAUCUUUUUUUUUUUUUUUGUUGCCUCCAAGCUAACCAGCUGUGAUCAGUCCAUAUUUUCUUAACUCUGAUCCAUGAGGCUAUUACGCAUGCUUGACGUGUUUCCUUGUGGACCAAUAGGAGAGCAUCUCAAACCUGAGCAGGCAGCACACUGCGCAGUCUCCUGCCUACAUUUCCCAUGAUGCCCCGCUUUUGUUUAUUAAGGCUGGUCCUCAGCGGCUCCCACUGACCGCUCUGUCCAGGGCCCCCCGGCGUGAUUGGUAAAUAUGCAGCCGGUGCAGUCUUCGUGGUUCUGCUCCAAACUCCAUCCCACCCUGGGCUGAACCCGCCUGGCGAACUGCGAGGAGAAAAAAAAACAGGGGAACAUGAAAUGGAGAUCACUCGGGCCAGGCCGUCUUUGUAUGGAGAAAUCGCUCAUGGCCUUGGAUUCUGGACGGACCGGUCAGCGGUGCACGAGGCGGCCGCGCAGGGCCGAGCCCUCCAGCUGCAGCAGCUGAUCGAGGGCGGCGCGGCGGUCAACAUCGUGGCCGUGGACUCCAUCACCCCCCUCCACGAGGCGUGCAUACAGGGUCAGACCCAGUGCGUCCGGCUGCUGCUGAACGCCGGCGCGCAGGUGGACGCGCGGAACAUCGACGGCAGCACGCCGCUGUGCGACGCCUGCGCGGCCGGCAGCCUGGAGUGUGUCAAGCUGCUGUUGGAGUACGGGGCCACGGUCAAUCCCCCGCUCUUCACCUUCUCCCCGCUCCACGAGGCAUGCAUGGGAGGUAAUUCGGAUUGUGUCCAGCUCAUGAUUGAGAGAGGAGCGCUCAUGGAGGCUCACGACUGCCACUACGGGACACCACUCCACGUGGCCUGUGCCAGGCAACAUUACAACUGCGCCAAAGUACUCCUCGUUGCAGGAGCAAAUGUGAAUGCUGCCAAGCUCCACGAGACAGCUCUUCAUCAUGCAGCUAAAACAAAGAACAUGGAUCUGAUAGAGCUACUGGUGGAGUUUGGGGGGAAUGUUUUUGCAAGAGAUAACCUCAACAAGAGGCCCAUUCAGUACACCAGUGCGGGAUCGCCCUCAUACCUCUGCCUGGAGUUCUACGAGAAUAACCCCCUCAGUCUACAGCAGCUCAGCAGAGUGACUUUGAGGAGGGCCAUUGGCGCAAGGGCCCAAGAAGUAGUUUCCAAGCUGGGCUUGCCCAAGCGCAUCAUAGGCUUUCUGUCUUACACCCCACCUCCUAUUAUUGAGAUUUAAUCUCCUUUUGAUCAACUUUAGCGCAGCUCUUUGAAGGUUAAUGUCAACUAUUUACAUACGUUGCUGCCGUGGUUAGCUCUCCAGAGACUCAUGUGAUGGGAUGCUGAGUUUGCAGAGGUAGCACAGGCCGGAGCGCGGCCGGACUAGAGGCGUAGGGAACUACUGUCGAGCACUUUUCUGACUAACUGUUUACACAGGUAAAGUUAAAAUGGCUUAUUUCUUUAGAAGAUAUAAGCCACAUUUGAGUGUUUUCUUUACUUUUUCUUGUCAUUAGGGACCAAGAUGGGGAAUAUAAAGCCACCCGUGGUUAAAGCCAAAGAUCAAAGCAGUUGCUCUUAAAUUUCCCGUAUAGUCAUAAUAAUCAUUUACAAUUAAUUAAAUCAAUUUGACUGAUUAAGGCCCUCUUUCAGGACCAUGUUCGUCCCAAGUCUUUUCACGUUACACAACCAGCCUUGAUCUGUGUUUGAAAUCUGUAUUUGAACAGAGUCGGGCUGUUUUGUGUAUUUCUCAGAAUUUCCAAAGAGAACGGUCACCUUAUCUGGGCGUGUUGGCGUGGCAAACACAACUGAUCAUAUCACCGUAUCUUGUUAUGCUAAAUCAAACCUGCGGGUGUAUGUUAUUGUAUGUACUUGUACAUAUUCUGUUACUAUUAUUUAUUUAAUGUAAAUUUGUAAAUAAUACAGAUGGUUCUACCUCUAUGAAGUUUAUGUAAAUAAAUAGAUUACAAC